UGAAUGUAAAAAGGGUCCGAAAGUGCGGAUCGGAAUGUGAGGAAUGCGUAAACAAUGAGCGAAGAGUUGAAUCAAUGUUAAGAAAGAGCGCAAAGACGGCGAAGACGUCCACUAAUCGGAGCGACGGAAUCAGUGGUAAAUAUAUCAAAAAAGAUAAUCCGCCGGAAAUCCCGAUUAUAAACGUUUGGACAAUAAAUAAUCGGCAAAAGAACGGAAAUACGCAAAGAGGAGGACAAGUCGUCAGUGGAAGCGCUGCUUUGGGAAUCGAUUUUUCGGGAACUUUAAGUCCUUUAAAACCGAAAACUUUGACUCAAAAGUGUCUCAAAAGUCAACUUCACUGCUCUCCUCAUUCCGCCUCCUUCUGCACGCCCUCCGCCUCCUCCACGCCCUCCACCUCCACCGCCUCCCUCGCCCACUCGCUGGCCUCGGCCCCGCCCACCGCGGUUCACGUGACUCGGAAUAAGGUGUGGAUAUCUCAGCCGUCGCUCGGGACGACGCCUCACUUGUCUGGCCAUACGGUGCGCUCUUUAACCAAUUUGACGACUGAUUCGCGGUUCGAAUUGCGUCCGCGAACUGAAUCGACAGAAUCGACGUCAGAACUGCCGCUUCCGCCGGGUUGGACCGUCGAUUACACGCUGAGAGGGCGCAAGUAUUUCGUCGAUCACAACACGAAAACCACUCAUUGGUCGCAUCCUUUGGAAUCAGAUUCUUUGCCCACGGGAUGGGAAAGAGUCGUCUCCCCCGCUCACGGCGUCUACUACGUCAACCACGUGACCAGAGCCACUCAACUCGAACAUCCCUGUGCUCACCACUACGCCCCGCCUCCCGCCGCGCCGCCCCCUCGCGCUUCUCUGCGUGAACUUCCGGUUCCGCCGCGCCCCGAAGCGCACGUGAUAGUUCCGGCGAAUCCGUAUUUGACGGAAGAGAUUCCUCAUUGGCUGUUUAUUUACUCGAAAGCUCCGCCCGAAUUGGAUCACAAACUAAAGUGGGAAUUAUUCCGCGUUUCAGAAUUGGAUUGUUUCGAAGCAAUGCUUAAUCGUCUUUACAGAACAGAUAUGGAACGACUCGUUCUGUCCUUCGAAUUGAUCCGAUCGGCUCUUCAGCGCCAAUUAGACGAACGAUCGGCUCUUCAGCGCCAAUUAGACGAACGAUCGGCUCUUCAGCGCCAAAUAGAUGAACGAAAUUGUAAAUAA